AAAAGAUGAGUACAGAUAUACAUCUAAUAGGUGGCGUUGUGCGCCGAGUGUAAUCAGAGCCGUAUAUAGAGAUCUUGCUGCUACUCUGGGAACGCUUGCUGCCACGCCCCCUCGUUUCACGUGAUUGCAAGAAAUCACUCACGCGGUGUAUUGAAAGCGUUGCUGCACAAGGACGAUCGAGUGAACGGUGGUCGGCACAUUUUCACGCGGAUGAAUAUCGCAGAUUAUUAGUAAAGGUUCAUCGCGCAGCCACGAUACUACUAUUACAGUGUAAACAGCGGGAAACGCGAUCACGGGGUUUAUACACACGCGCGUGGAAUGUGACGACACAACAUCACAGACAGUGUGCAUGACCGGACGGUUGUUCACUCACAGCUGUACGAGGAUCUAUGAACAUAUACGUGAAGGGGCUAACCAACCCCUGUGAACUGUACCGAGGACCCAAACAUGUCAGCUGAACGAGACGAAGUCCUGGCGAUGGUCGAAGUUGCCAUUCUUGGCACCAUCUUUACUCUUGCUCUCUUCGGCAAUCUGUUCGUAUUGAUCGCCUUGCUGCGUUAUUCCUGCAAGUACCCGCUAAGCAGAAUGUACUGGUUCAUGCUGCACCUGAGCAUUGCCGACCUGAUGGUGGCCUGCUUCAACGUACUGCCGCAGAUGCUGUGGGACAUCACCUAUCGGUUUAAGGGCGGAGACGUCGCGUGUCGAGUCGUCAAGUACAUGCAGGUGAUGCCUCUCUAUCUGUCGAGCUACAUACUAGUGAUGAUGGCGCUGGAUAGGUUCCGAGCAGUGAUCUACACCCGAUGCUGCAGUUUUGGAGAGCAGUGGAGCGCCAAGAAGUCCGUGCACAUGAUGGUCGGAAUCGCAUGGAUCAUCGCUAUCGUGUUCAGCAUACCGCAACCGUUUCUCUUUUCCAAGCAAGAGGUCGCCGACGGCACGGGGAUAUACGACUGCUGGGUGAAGUUCAAUCAGAAGUGGGGUUCACAGGUCUACGCCACCUGGUUCGUCAUUUGUAUAUUCUUCGUGCCUCUCGCGAUCAUGGCGACGACGCAGGUCAUGAUGUGUGUCAAGGUCAUCCUCUGGGGUCAGUGCAUGGGCAAAGGCAAGGUGAAGACGGUGUGGUUGACGUUGGUGGUGAUCAUUGCCUACAUCGUGUGCUGGUCUCCGUGGUGCGUUACCAUUAUGGUCAUGACAUUCUCGGGUUCGUCUGUUGGGAAUCACACUGCAUACACGAUCCUCUUGCUGCUGACAAGCCUCAACGCUUGCACGAAUCCGUGGAUCUAUUUGGGCUUCAGUGGCCACUUACUCAACAUGAUCUGCUCACCUUGCGGUAAGGUGAAUCGAGGACGCCGCGAGCACAGCAUCGGCGCUCCGGACUUGCCUGAUCAAACAGCGACGGAGUCGUAUUGUAAGAGCGAGCUGCCGCUACGAGUCGCAGACAGGGACAGCCCGAAAACUGGCGGGAGUCAGCCGAACGGGAAGAACGCGGCGACGGCCGAGAGCGAGUCCAACGAUGCGAAGCUUGUUCCCGGAAAGGAAUCGCAAUGGUUAUGAAAUCGAGUAUGAUCUCUCUCUCGUGGGUGCGUUAUUUAGGGUGCGUGCGUGCGUGGGUAUAUGUGCGCGUGUGUACGCGUGU